AUGCCUCCCAAGAAGCAAGUCGUUGAAGAGAAGAUUCUCCUGGGCAGGCCCGGUAACAACCUGAAGAGUGGAAUUGUUGGCCUUGCAAACGUCGGAAAAUCCACUCUCUUCCAGGCUAUUACCAAGUGCAACCUUGGCAACCCUGCCAACUUCCCCUAUGCCACUAUCGACCCUGAGGAGGCACGUGUCAUCGUCCCCGAUGAGCGCUAUGAUUGGCUUUGCGAAAAGUACAACCCCAAGUCGCGCGUGCCUGCCAACUUGACGGUCUACGAUAUUGCUGGCCUGACGCGAGGUGCCUCUACUGGUGCCGGUCUCGGUAACGCUUUCUUGUCUCACAUCCGCGCCGUCGACGCCAUCUUCCAGGUCGUCCGUUGCUUCGACGAUGCCGAGAUUAUUCACGUCGAGGGUGAUGUCAACCCCACUCGUGAUCUCGACAUCAUCAGCGACGAGCUGCGGUUGAAGGACAUGGAGUUCGUCGAGAAGGCCCUUGAGAACCAGAAGAAGAAGACUCGCUCUGGCGGCAAGGGUCUGGAGCACAAGAAGGCCAUGGAGGAGCAGGCCACCAUGGAGAAGAUUCUUCAGUUCCUGAAAGAUGGUAACGAGGUCCGAAAGGGCAACUGGGGCCCCAAGGAGGUCGAGGUUAUCAACCCUCUGUUCCUUCUGACUGCCAAGCCCGUUGUGUACUUGGUCAACCUGUCUGAGAAGGACUUCAUUCGCAAGAAGAACAAGCAUCUUCCCAAGAUUGUCGAGUGGGUCAAGGAGCACGCUCAGGGAGAUCCCAUUAUCCCCCUCUCUGUCUCUUUCGAGGAGCGCUUAACCCGCUUCGAGACCGAGGCUGAGGUUCUUGAGGAGCAGAAGAACGUUGGUGCUGAGUCUAUUCUGCCCAAGAUCAUUCUUCAGAUGCGCAAGGUUCUCAACCUUGGUAGCUUCUUCACCACUGGCCCCGAUGAGGUCCGCCAGUGGACCAUCCGUAACGGCACCAAGGCGCCGCAAGCCGCCGGUGUCAUCCACACGGAUUUCGAGAAGACGUUCAUCCAGGCUCUCGUCUACAACUUCACCACGCUCAAGGAGCUCGGCAGCGAAGCUGAGGUCAAGGCCAAGGGCAAGGUUAUGACGAAGGGCAAAGAUUACGUCGUGGAGGAUGGCGAUAUUCUGCUCAUCAAGGCUGGUGCUGCCAAGGCAUCAGCGGCUUCCAGUCAGUUUGAACCUGCGUCAAGACAUCACAUCGUCAAGGCAGAAAGACAGCAUGAGUCAACCUCCAACAAAUCGUGGCCACGGCCGCAACAUAUCAGUCACAAGGCCACCCCUCUGAAUGAUCCCCUAUCGCCAAAGUCGGUCGCGUCAGAAGAGCCAGCGCAGCAGCGGCCAUUAUCAGGACAGCGGUCACCAGCGGUGAUUCGUUCUCCGUCCCCCUUUGUAAAAACCGCCAUCACCAAAGACUUCAGCUUCCUCCUGCGUCCGGAGAUCUACCACAACAUCAACCCAAUCAACAUUCCUGUUGCAUUUAAAACCUCUGCAAAGCAGCCCACUGCUGAUGCCGCUCUUGAUGACCUCCUGGCCAUGGGCCACUUUCGCGCGGCUGCCAUCGCUGCUGUUCAAGAACUAACAGGCAACGGCAGUCCGGCACGGCCUCGUGUUGACCCUGCAGACCAUCAGAGAAUCUUCAACUUACUAUACACGCGCUUGGCUUGUCUUACACUCAUCGACGCAACAUCUAUUGCGGCGCAGGAAGUCAGGGCGCUAGAAGACCUCAAUGCAGCCAUUUACAUUGACGAGAACACUGGCGAACAUCUGGUACCUUGGGAGCUGCGUGUGCUGAAUGUUCGACUUCAGGCAUUGGGCUUUGGCGACCCCAGAAGAUCCGUCAUGAGCUACCACGAUCUGGCGAGGGAAGCACGAGAGCAGAUCAGCAAGGCCACAUCUCGGCAUGACAACUCGGCACGCGAGCUUUGGAAGGCGCGGCUGCAUGAUUUAGGGAUCAACGUCGCCGGUGCUCUCAUCGAGAUGGAUGACCUUUCCGGCGCGGCACAUCAUCUAGCUACGCUGAAGGACAGGGGCGAUGGCAAACUGGCGCUUUCCCGGGCUCUCAUGUGGCUGCAUCUUGGUGAUGCGGACUCGGCGCGCCGAUGCGUACAGGACUCUGGAGAAGAUGGGAAGCAUGCUGAGAUGGUAGUCACGGCGCUCUGCCAAAUGGCUGACGGGGAGUAUGACGCAGCAUUACAAUCCUGGCGGGGACUGAAGGAGGAAAUAAUGGACGAGAUGAUUGGUGUCAAUAUGGCGGUGUGCCUUCUAUACACGGGCAAACUGACUGAGGCCCGGUCUCUCCUCGAAGACAUGGUCGACUCAGGCUACUCGUCGCACACCCUCCUCUUCAAUCUCAGCACAACAUACGAGUUAUGCACAGAGAGAAACCGGAAUCUCAAGUUGAGACUGGUUGAUAAAGUCGCCGAUCUGGACGAGACACCCAAAGGAUGGGAAAAAAGCAAUGCCGACUUCAAGCUGUAG